UUUAAAACACAUCUGUGUCGACGGUUACGGACGCAACGCAGAAAAGUCCACAAUAUUCGAAUGCAGUGCAGCAGACGCGCUAGGCUGUAUGCAACAACAAAGUGUGCGCACGUUGUUAAUAAAUAAAAUUGUUAGCAAUAAAAAUAGAUAGCCAAAUAAAAUGAACCAUAAAGAAAGCAAAUCAAUCUAUACAAAAUAUUUGCACACAGAUGCGGUGCCACAGUGAGUGUAAAAAUCCGGUGCGUAGAAGAAAGUCUAGUGAAUUGUGAAGAAAUAUUGAAAGUGGAGUGUCAGCGCAAAUUAAAGGAGCAAGUUUAAAUUCUUAAAAGUUAAAGUGAGUGAAAUGCAUAAUACAAGGCAAUAACGUGCCAAUAACAACAACAAUAACGCAAACGACAGAAGUUAGUGAAAACCAAAACAUAAAGAACGGCGAGUCCUAGGCGGGGUGGAUUACAAAUCAAAUAAAAUACACACAAUCCGAUUCGAGCGGAAGAGGCGGAAAAUAAAAAUAAUAACAACCGCCGUGCGGCGCAACUGAAUUGUCAAAAAAAAAAUCGGUAUGAACAGAACGACAACUGGGCAAUUUUUGUUUUAAGGACAAGCGCCGAAGAAAAACGCCAAAAAACAUACAACAUUACUAAAGUUGCCACAACCGAGUUGAGAGUAUCGUGCUAAAACAACAGUAAUAAAGCAGCAAGAACAGCAAACUUGGCAGACAAGCGCUGAGCGAGUAGUGGAGCGACGGGCGCAGGGCGUUGUGAAAAUGGUUGAAACGAUGACAAUUGCCAGUUGUUGCAAGUAGCGUAGAGACUGUCAAAAACUUGUCAAACCAGCACACACAAGUGGCAGCGCACAGAAGCUGCAAGGGAAGUGGCACGACAACAAUACGAGCCGCACACAAGAAACACUAGAACAAGCUGCCGCGGCUGAAGACAGCACAAACUAGUUUUUGUGUGAAAAAAACCUAAAUAAAAUUUACGUUGUUUCCUUUUUGCACCAAAGUCCUUUUAUUUGUCUUGGGCGACACGAAGAACAAGAGCAACUAAUAAAUCCAACAAAAGAAGUAGCACAAGCCUUACUCGAACCAAACAAAAAGCGUUGUUAAGCGCCGAAACAUUAAACCGGCAGUGAGCACCCAGAAAAGGAACAACAACCCGACCCGCUACUUGACGACGGCUUGAAGGAGCGAGCGCACGAAAAGCGCAGCAAAGCCAUAAAAGAGCUUGAGUUUCGCAGAACACAGGAAAAGGUGUGACGAGGGCCGACAGCCGUUGAUGUGACAACGCUGCUCAUACGAAUUUGCAGCGCCAAAAGUCGGAGACGGCGACGAAGAGAGGCGCUCCUCGUGUACUUUUGAUUGGAACUGCCACGUUAGUGUGCGUAAGUGAAAUGUAAUCAUGCGGAUAAUGCGAGCAUACCUUCAAACGGCAACAAUAACAACUGCUUACUAAUAGCUGCCACAAUAGCAACAACAACAACAGUAAAUAAUCCUGAAGAGGGCACAAACAAAUCAUAAGGACAAUAUUCACAAGUGAGCAAAGUGAAGCUUCCUUGCUGGCAAGAUAUUCAAAUCAAAAGACGCAGCAGCUGCAACAGCAAUAACGGCACACACUAGCCGGCGGCAGAAAUAAAUGAGCAAGAUUGUUGGCGCACUGCGUGCAAUAUGUCCGUGAGGACAUCGGAAUUCUACGUCAAAGCAAAGCGCGCAGGGCACAGCAGGACAACCGGAAUGUAAUAUUCUGCUGCUAACGGUGAACAAUGUCUGUAUGAUAUCACAGCAACAACAGAGCGGAGCACAAUAACAAGCAACCAAAACCAAAAACGAUAAGAAAAACAAACAAAAAUCAAAACAAUUACCUCAGACGCAAAGGAAAAGCGUCAGUGGCACAUUGCAGCGCUACGUCAACGACAGCAUACGCAAGCAACAGCAACAGCAAUCGGUCCAUAGUGCCAGCGAAGUGUGACAGCAGCGAAUAAUGCGCCAAGACAAGGCACUACACGCCAGCCGGACGGCAGCCACGAGCAGCACACAACUCGAAACGCCAACGCCAACAACAGCAACAGCAACAGCACAAGUGUCCGCCGCAAUGCUGCAGCAACAACAGCGCGUGCACAAGGCCGCCACGCAGCCAGAAGCAGCACCAGCGGCCGCACCAGCUCCACGGUCGGCGCGUGCAACAGAAGUCGAAACCGAAACCGAAAACACGCCGUGCGCGGAGCACCGUGUUGACAUGAGAUGUCCAAACAGUAUUCUCCAUGCCGCGCAGCAACAAGAACAGAUGCCCAACACAGACAUGGCCUUGAGCGCCAGUGCAGCAUUGGGGGGCAGGAGCAGCAGCGCAGCGACGCAGAAAUCACAUGGCCAGCAAACGGCAAUGCCAAAUGCAGUGCACGCAGCCGCUACCACCGAACUGCUAACGACAGCAGCAACAACAAAUUGCAAAACAGUGCACGCCACUCGCCUGCCAGCAGUUGAUAAGGACAACGAUAACAAAAGCAUGAACAAAAGCAACAGCAGCACAUUGUUGACACAAAAACAACAGCAGCAGCAACAACAACAACAGCUACAACAACGAACCGUGGCCUCCACAAAGUCAACGGCAGCAGCGGUUGAGAAGGCAGACAGCGCAUUCCGCACAACAAAUAUUUUCGCAGCCGUCUGCCGCGGCUACAGCUGGACCAGCGCCAAGGAUCGCACCAACAGCAAAGCGCUCUUCCAUCUUCUCAAUAUGAUUUUUUUUAUGCUGUGCCUCAUUGCGUGCGCUCUGGCGAUGUACAGCAUUGUGCGGCAUUCGCGCAACGAGCAGCGGUUGCGGCAAGUGUUGCAACUGGACGAACGAAUAAGUGCACUGGAGCUGCGGCUGCAAUUAUGUGAGCAGCGCCACCAACCAAGGCAACAGCAACAUUUCGAUUUGGACACGAACCGGCCGCUAAAUAAUGAGCGCACCAGCCCGGAGCUGGUGGAUACCACCGGUGAUUUGCAUAAUCAGCCAGGGGCGCCACCAAAGCAAAUGUCCGUGGAUGUGACACAAACGCUGCAGCGAUUGUCGCGACAGGUGAGCGAUUUGCAUCGUUUGCGUCGUGAUGUUUCGCAUUUGCAAAUGUCGCGUCGCCAACAGCAGCGCCGGCAGGCGAGUUUGGCGGCGGCGACCACCGCCGAUGGACUACUGUUGCAGACACCGCAGCAAACGCAUUCCGGCGAAUGUGGAUGUACGGCAGGGCCACCUGGACCACCAGGCCCACCGGGCAAACGGGGGAAACGUGGCAAGAAGGGCGACCCUGGCGAAAAGGGUGAUCCGGGCGUCAAUGGCGUGAACGGCGAGAAGGGCGCUGCUGGCAGACCGGGCGACAAAGGUCAGAAGGGCGAUGUGGGCCAUCCGGGCAUUGAUGUCUUCCAAACGGUUAAGGGGCUGAAGCGCUCGGUCACGACCUUACAUGGCGGCACUUUAGGUUAUGCUGAAAUUGUUGCUGUCAAGGGUGAACCUGGCGAGCCCGGUCCGCCUGGACCGCCGGGACCACCUGGUGAGCCCGGCUCACCCGGCAUGAAUGGCGGACGUGGUCCACCUGGCGAAACCGGCCCAGCGGGACCUGCUGGACCACCUGGAGAACCCGGACCGAUUGGCCCACCUGGCGCGCCGGGCACACUGGGACCUAAGGGUGACAAAGGUGACCGCGGUGAUCGAGGUCUUACGACGACCAUUAAGGGUGACGAAUUUCCCACCGGCAUCAUUGAGGGGCCACCAGGUCCAGCGGGACCACCUGGUCCACCUGGAGUACCUGGCGAACGCGGCGAAGUGGGCCCCGCUGGACCACCCGGGCCGCCCGGCGAGAAGGGACCGCGCGGCAAACGCGGAAAGCGGAUCUUCGGACCCGGUGGCGCCAAAGACGAGGACUACGACGACCCACCAGUACAACUGUUGCGUGGGCCACCCGGCCCGCCGGGCAUGCCUGGCAAAGACGGACGUGAUGGACGCGAUGGCUCUAAGGGUGAUGCGGGCGAACCCGGCGAACCAGGUUCGCUGGGACCACGUGGUCUGGACGGUCUGCCUGGUGAGCCAGGCAUUGAGGGACCGCCUGGCCUGCCUGGCUAUCAGGGCCCACCCGGUGAGAAAGGCGAUCGUGGUGAUAUUGGACCGCCCGGUCUGAUGGGUCCACCAGGACUGCCCGGUCCACCCGGCUAUCCGGGUGUGAAGGGCGAUAAGGGCGAUCGCGGUGAUUCAAAGUAUAGAAAAAUGCGCCGGCGACAAGAUGAGGGAAUGUCCGAUCAGCCACAUAUGCCAACCAUUGAAUAUCUUUAUGGUCCACCUGGACCGCCCGGUCCUAUGGGUCCACCCGGCCAACCAGGUAAGCAUGGAGAACGUGGCAUGGAUGGGCGCAAGGGAGAUUCGGGUGAGAAAGGACAGAAAGGCGACCAAGGACCAAUGGGCUUACCGGGUCCAAUGGGUAUGCGUGGCGAUUCCGGUCCAGUCGGUCCCUCUGGCAAAGCCGGCUUACCGGUGUGGGGCUACUAAUUCUAAACAGGCAAACACACACAAACUUAACUAUAAAUGAAUACUAAAAGCAAAAAAACAAAAACAAAAAACGCUAACUGAAACGAAGUUAAUGAAACGCCAAAAAAGCAUAAAUAAAUUGAAAGCAAUGCAAACAAAUAGUUAAUGCAACAUACACACACACACAUACAACAACUUGCAACAACAGCAAUGAACACAAAUGCGCACAGCAAAUACAAUAACAAGUACACAACGCACAACAUGCCACAAACAAUACAAAUAUUGCUACACUAACACAUACAUACGCACACAUAUAGAUACUAAAGAACUUCAAUACACACACACAAACAAUACACAUGUGUGCACCACAUGCCACACUAAAUACCGUAAUUACUUUGCGAACCAAAACUACGGUUAUGCAAACACAAUUUGUGACCCAAACGCAGUGAAAAAUCAAAAAUGCAAGCAAAAUCGAAAAAUUUUCGCAAACAAAUUUCGAAAGACAAUUCGACAAAUCGAAAUAAUAGUAAGCGUAGAUAUCCCCAAAGACACAAAAACAUAUUUACACUCCGAUAUCAAAAGUCAGGUUUGUGCUUACCGCUAUUUGACCUUAGACCUAUACACACAAAAACAGCAAAAACAAAACAAUUACUAAUAUUCUCACAGUUGAACUCGCCGAACUCCAGCUCGACAAACAACAAGCUUUCAACUUGCAAGUAGACACACAUACACGGCACACAUAUACAUGUGUAUUUCCAGAACAAAUGCAAGCUUAAGUACUUAAGUCCAAGUAUAUAAAUAUUUGUUAAGAGCAUUUCUGAAAAGUGUAAAUAUGUCUAAGUAGCAUCAGCCGAAAGUAUUCCCGAAGAAUUUAAUUUCACAUUUUUAUGCUGCUUAAGUUUCAAUGUUGCUAAGUUUUCUUUGUAUUCUGAUAUAAACCGAAAAUAUGCUUGGCGAGAAUUGGAGCAGAAAAUUUUCUGAAACAUUUUAGUUGGUGAAUAAUCUUCUCUUCUUCCUAUCGCUAAAAAAAAAAAUUUUUUUUUUGUGAAUUUUUUUAAAUUUUUAUUUCUAAAUGUCUACAAUAUUUAGACAUGUGAAGAAUGAUAGACUUCUUUAGAUGAGUUCAGUGUUUCUAAGAGUUUUUAAACUAAUUACAAGUGGCGAUUCUAGCAUCAUCUAACAGAUACAAUAUUUGAACAUGGAACUGCUCUCCUUUUUUUACUGUGGAGAUCGAUAAUUUGUAGAUAGGCUUAAGCGAGCUCUCAUUUUAGAAUAUAAUAGGAAUCGAAAAACCAGAAUUAUACUACACACACUAACAAUUCAAGAGUAGUGAAUCGAACACAAACUGGCCAACUGGUAUAAAAUGGAAUAGACUGGUAUAAGCAAAUACAAAUAGCACAACAAAUGGUUAUCCAUACUAAUGAGGUCCUUAUAUGGAGUUCACUUGGCAACUGUUUUGUUGAAUUCACAUGUAACUUUUUGGGUAAAGCAGUUGUGAGUAGAAAAAAUUAACACGAGAAAAAGUACGUCUCAAUUUUUUCCGAAACACUUCAUAACAUAAUGAAGGUUGAAUUUUCAACAAAAGAAGCUUUUAUUUUAAAAUUUUCAAGACAUCAGCCAACAAAUUUAAACCAUAAAUUUCUAAAAAGCUCAGUGAUCAACUGCGAUUUCCUUUGUAAGAAAUUAGCGGAAUUUUUAUUGAUUUAUGUGGACUUAUUUAUACUCUGAACAGGGUGUAUAAAAUUUGCCACGAUAUUUCUAACCCCCAGAAGGGAACGUCGGAUACCCCAUAAAGUAUAUGUAUCUAUGAUCUAAUGAUCAGCGUGACGAAUUGAAUUAAUUUAGCCAUGUCCAUCGGUCAGUCCUUCUGUCUGCCUGUAUGUAUAAUAUAUAUGUACUACUGUGCUCAAAUCGAAAGGUGAAUUUUUUCCAUUUCAUCUCCUUCAAAGUA